CCAAAAGAUGUACGUCUAACCACAGCCGACAACUUAUUACAGAUUCUAUCCAUUUUUUUACAAUGAAGAUCGCUGCUCAGUAAAUGAAGUAAACACGGAUGGACUGAAUCUGUCUCAGUCUAGCCGUCUUCCAACAAGUGAUCGUUGAGACAACAGAAGAAGUCACUGAAAUAAAGAGAGUCUAACAGAGUUGAACUCUUGGCUUCGGUGGGAGUGCCAGCUCCUAAACACCACGAACUACGAUAUGGAUCCAUCACUAUAUCGCUGCAUUGCGCGUUAAAUUUGACGCGCCAAUCGCAUGCACUAAAAUCUAAUGUAUCAUUUUUGGGUUCAUAAAUAGUAGCUUUGACUGAACAGAAUCUCAACUUGCAUUACGCAGGGACAAGGUGUGAAAUGGCGUCCGCAGCUGCUGCAUCAGCAACUGUUUUCCAAGAAAUGGAAACCAUUCACAAAGCCCUGGAAGCAAUUAUGAUUUUAUGCCCCAAGUACAUAUGCAAACUUCUAGCUUUGGAGUGCUGGGAUAAAGACAUCAAUGAUACCUAUAAGGUAUACCUGGAAAAAUGUCGAGGCAGCCCCUUCAGUCAAACUGAAUGGAAGAAGCUCUGCGGCUUCUCGUGCAAAACUUUAGAAACGAAGAAGACUCCCGACGACUUUGACAUGACUGCGUUACACCAGUUAUUUUUGAUCAUCUUUGAGAUUAAGAAUGACGGGAGAAACUCUACUGAGAUGAGACAGAAAUUGAAGGAAGUGAAGGACGUUAGAAAUGACCUCAUGCAUGGCGCAAAAUCAAUCAAAGACCCAAACAAGUUUGGGGAAAUAGAAGCAAAAAUGUUCGGGUUGCUCGAAGAAGCUAAACGCUUUUAUCCCUUUCAUUUGACUGAGAUAACCUCCUUGGAACACGAGCUGCAACUCGAAAUAAAGAGCGGCUUUUCUCCCGGGGGAAGAAAGUUGGCUUAUGACAGCUACUGCGUUCUUACUGAAGGGAAAGAAAUCGCAAAUUUCAAUUUCCAUAAAUACGCAGAAGAAGACCUACCAUUCGACGUCGGGCGAGUAAAAAGGUCCGAAGUGUUUCAUCCACUCGAAGUAACACUACAAGACGAGGAAGACAACACACUCCCAUUUCAAGACAUAUUCUAUUCGUCAAAAGAGGAAAUCACAAUUGUUUCGGGCGUCGUAGGAGCUGGUAAGACAACUUUACUCAAAAACAUAACCCAACAAUUCUCAGAAUCACAACCUAACUUUCCGAGUUACCUGCAAAGUUUUGAAAUCCUCCUGUACAUCGAAUGCAGGGACAGAACUACCCAAAGUUUGCAGCAAGUCGUCAGGGAACAUUUUGGUAGUGUCUGCGUUAAGCUUGGAGAAGACAGUGUUUUACAAGCACUCUCACAGCUCCACGUGCUAUUUCUGGUCGAUGGGUUUGACGAGCGUAAUGCAGCAUCGAUGGCAGUUUUGCGUGAGCUCUUACAAAAAUCGUGGCACUCAGACUCACGAAUUCUCAUCACGACCCGUCCUCAGGCACACGGGGAUCUGAAGAAAUUCAUUACCCAAAAUAACUGCAAAUUCUCAGAGUUCAAGAUUGCCCCCAUUUCUGAGCUACUAGAGCAGUUGAAGUUUAUGGAGAGAUACGUACUCAGUCUGACCAAUGACCAAGCUUCCGCAUUAGCAAUUCAAGAUCGAUUCUCCAAGCUUGACCCUGAGCUACAAAGAUUCUUUACGGAGCCAAUAACUUUGUUGCACUUUUGCUCUAUGUACAUGGAUUCUCCAGAAAAGAUCAACUCUUGGAAGAGCAUCAACGACGUGUCUAGGGACACAUUACAGCUACAAAAGAUCAUUGUGUCUGCAAAGCUCAGUGAUGUCGCUUUCGCCAACAAAGAAUUCCUGGUUGAGGACUUGUUCUUGGUUGUUGGCCAGUGGGCUUUGGAGUUCCUGUCCUGCAACCAGAUCACCUUCACAGACGAUGAACUCAUGCGCUUAAAGCGACAAUGCCACGAAACAAUCUUGCAUCACGGAGCCGGCAAGGAAGUUGAUGGUGCAGUGUUCCUAAACUCAAUGCUGAGGGUGAGAAAAUCGCUUGCUGGGAGCGCCACCUCGACCUACUCCUUUGCACAUAAGUCAGUUCAAGAAAGGCUGGCAGCGUCUUACGUGACGACGCGCAUGAUGGACCACGGUGAUUCUCUAUUAGAAAUUAUAACCAAUGCCAGCCAGGGUAUUCGAUCAUUUGAGAAAUUCCCCUGCAUGAGUGAAACUGAUCCAGCCUCCGUCGAGCACAGCCACUACGAACAGCUGCUGGAAGUGCUGUUGUACGUCAUGCAGGAUCUGAGCACCAGUUCAAGACAGUUCCAGAAGCGUUGGCCUGAAUUAAGGGACGCUAUCACUGCUGCUGGCGUCACCAGCGGCGCCGACUGGCAGAACUUGCUGUUGCGGAGUCCUGAAAUCACCGAGCUUGCCAAGCACGCGGCCGCGAUCACUAUCAAUGAGUCUAAAUUAUGGCAUGUGCAAACCGCUCGCGAGGUGUCGACAGUAGCACUGAUGUUGCCACAUGUGCAGCCUGAAUUCAUCCACGUCGAAGUUCCACCCGGAGUGUUGAGUGCUGUGGCUUCCAAGUGGUCAAAUUUGACUCAAUUGCACAAUGGCCAAAUAAAGCUGGACUUCCUGAAAGUUUCACAGACGGGUCCUGAUCCCUGUGACGAUCUGCUCAAAAGCUUUCAAGGCUCAAGGUGUAAGCUCGUGGAGUUGAGGAGCAGCAUCAGCAGCACAGAUGCCGUCGAAGCAGUAGCUUCAGUUUCGACGGCGGACACAACACUGUUGAAGUUCUCACUAGCCGCACCCCUUAAUAUGGAAGCUCUGCAGGGCAAAUACAAGAGACUAAUUGUAAAAAUAUGGCCAUUGGAUGAUGCUUGGGCUACGCUGCCUGAGGCCUCCAAGUCCCCGUCUUGUGAAGAGGAGCAAGGCCCUGCGGCUGACAAGAGCAAGGUUCCCAGCGGCCGUCUGCCAGCCGAGGCACCGCCGCACGUGUGGGUGUACGGGGUCAAGUCUGGCAGUGGGAGAGCUGUCGCCCGGGCUAUACGUGCAAUAGCUCCUCUCACCAAAAGACUGGACGAUUUAUCGCUGCUUAACUGCAAGUUGGAAGAGGAGGAGGUGCUGCAGCUGUUGGUGCAGCUGCAUGGCGAUGGCAUUAGAAGCACUGAUGGCGGCCAAACACGAUUCACCCAAAACACCCACCAGCUCCUGGACGAUGACGUCGUGACGCUUUGCAUCGCCGACGUUCUCCCCGACUUUACCAGGACGGCGAGCGUGAUGCGCCAAGUCCUCGCCCAGCUGCAGUCCAGUAACGCCGAGGACUUGGAGGCCCAGUGGCCGAGGAUGCAGCGAGACAUGCAGGAAGCGGGUGCCUGCGCGCGGCACUGGCGGGAGGCGCUGCGGUGUUGUCCGCACCAAACUGCCAUCGUCGAGACCGCUGCACGGGCCACCCUCGUAGAAGACAAACAAUUCAUGAUCAAGAGCCAUAGUGACGUUGAAGCAGUCGCCCUGAUGCUCACUCACGCCCCAAACGCGACCGUGAAAGUGAACACGUCACCGGCAGCUCUUAGCACCCCCGCGUGGCGGGAGAUUGUCCAGCACCACAGCCCUGGGGGCAGGGUCUUGCAUCUCGACCUCCUGAACUUGAGCCUGGAGUUCCAGCCUUGUGACGACGUGCUCCUGCCUCUGAUGGGCAGCAGCUGCCGGAUUGAAAGCUUCCGCGGUUGCCUAAAGACGGCGGCAGGCGUGGCAGCGCUGGCAGCAGUCGCCGCCUCGGCGUACGUGCACCUCCGCCUCGAGGCUCGUCUGGACCUCAGCCUCCUGCAGGGCAAAUGUACUUUCCUCUGCGUUUACACGCCCGUGAUUGAAGGCUUCGAGGAAGCUGUGCCUCUGCCGGCCCAGCCUCCGCCCAGGCUGGUGGUUCUGGACGCUGCAGCAGGAGGCCGGGAGGCUGUGGCCCAGACGGUGCUUGCCUACGCUCCUAGCAACAAGAGGUACGGGGCAAUUUCUCUGGCGAGGUCAGCGCUAAGCACGAAGUCAGAGCGACGGCUGUUGGCGUUGCUGCACGAAGAGCUCAUAAGAACCAACGACUCUGGCACCACGCGCAGCGAGCCUUACAAAGACGGCUGGCGACGACUUCGCAUCUGCGACGAUCCUCCGGGAACUCUCGUAAAUUGAGCCCAGCAGGAACGGAAAGAAGAAAUACAUAGAAGCAAAGUUGGAAAAUUAUUCAUUCAGAACAAACUGUUCGAAUCGUAAUUAUAACUUUUUAGCGCAUUUUCUCAUUUAUGGAAAGAAAUGCGCUAU